CCCUCAUUCCAAAAAACAUAACAAAGAUUUCUACAAGAUCUAAUAGUUAAGUUUGAAGGUCUAACAUGGCUUCUUUCAAGAAUUUUCUCUUUGUUUUCUUCAUUGCUUUGGCAUUUUCAGGCAUAGAUAUGGGAGUAGCUGCUCGCAAUCUUCUUCAAAUGCCACCUUUGCCGUCAGUGCCAACUCUGCCAAAGCCUGCAUUGCCACCAUUGCCAAGUAUUCCAACUCUUCCACAGCCUACAUUGCCAACUUUGCCAACCACCCAACCUUCUCUGCCUAAACCAACACUCCCUCCACUUCCUAGUUUGCCCAGCAUGCCUACUCUUCUGAAGGCCACUUUGCCUCCAUUGUCAAGCAUGCCUUCAAUACCCACUAUCCCAACUGCGAUUCCCUCUAUUCCUUUCCUCUCCCCGCCCCCAGCUGGGAACUAAACAUCCUUGAUUUGAUUAUGUUCUUUACUUCAUGUACGUUUAUAAGAGAGGCUACAUUCCACACAGAGGAUGUAGAGUGUGUAUUUGUCUUUUGUUUUUCUUUGAUUUCAUCUGUAGUCGGAGUAUCUCUCCGGAGUUAUUUGGGACACGUAUGGCUUGUUUUUUCAUUUAUUCAGAUGACAUUUUUUUUUUUCGCAUAGUUCAUUUCAUCUAUUUAUUUAAUAAUAUGGUUUUCUUUCUAUUA